CCGGCCGGUGAGAGCAGUAGCACCGGCACCACCAUCAGCACCAGGCCACUAUAGAGGCCUUCUUUAGAUAUCUCUCUCUCUGUUUCUCUAUUUCUAUAUCUCUAUCUCCAUCUCUCUCUCUCUAUUACUCCAAGUUCGUUAGUUCACGGUUUUCCGUCGUGUGAUACUAUUUCAAAAGGAUUGAUUCCCAUUUUUUACAGAGAGAGAGAGAGGGAGAGAGAGAGAGAGAAAGAGAGAGCGUGAAGAUGUUCCGUCGUCGCGUUAAACAACAAAAUAUUUAUAACAACAAAUAAAACAAAAGAUAAUUAAACACAAUCGGUGUCGCGUUCACGUCAAUGGUGAUUCUUUUCGUGUGACGUUUACAUACGACAACGCUACGAUAACCAACAAUCGCCAGUAACAACAACAAAGAGGUGGAGGACUACGAGAACGAGGAGGAGAACGAGGAGGAGGAGAACGAGGACGAGAACGAGGACGUGAUCACGUGCUAAACGAUCGUACGCGUGUGUCUCUGUGUGUGUGGUGUGCCAUAAAUGUUUCAUAGACACCCUUCGUGGUGCGGAUAAUAUCACGAUAUAUACCUCGUUGAAACUCACAGAAAAAUCGAAGCUGGAUCUCGACGAUAUGUUCCCGGAAAUCCAGCAACUGCCGUGAAAAAGUGAACCACGUGAUAUAAAGAGUAACAACGACUGGGAAAAUGGCAGACAGACCAAAAAGUCGAUACCUGACUUUCAGCAUACUUCAUAUCGUUACGUUAAUGUGCCAAGCACUCUCAGAGCCACCGAUAUUUGCCGAACCAAUACCCAACGUCACCGUUGCACUUGGAAGGGACGUCAGUCUACCUUGCGUCGUUAAAAACCUCGGUACUUACAAGGUUGCAUGGCUGCACGUCGGUAGGCAAAUGCUAUUGACGGUACACAAACACAUGGUCGUCAAAAUACCAAGGUUCACGGUGUCGCACGAAAAUCAAAAUACGUGGCUAUUGCACAUCAGCGGAGUUCAACAGGACGACAGAGGAUACUACAUGUGCCAAGUUAACACUAAUCCUAUGAUGAGUCAAGUAGGAUUUUUACAAGUCGUUGUACCACCAAACAUAUUAGACUCGUUAUCGACAGAGAGUACAGUGGCUGUACGAGAAAAUCAAAAUAUCACAUUGACGUGUAAAGCUGACGGAUAUCCGAUGCCAAAAUUAAUGUGGAAACGAGAAGACGGUCAAGGAAUAACCAUCAGUCGUCAAAAAAAAGUACCGAAAUACGAUGGCGAGCAAUUAAAUUUGACGAGGAUUACACGCAAUGAAAUGGGAGCAUAUCUAUGUAUAGCAAGCAAUGGCGUGCCACCAACAGUCAGCAAAAGGAUCACCGUUGAUGUUGAAUUUUCACCAAUGAUCUUCGUACCAAAUCAAUUGGUCGGUGCACCAGCUGGUACCAACGUGACAAUCGAUUGUCACACUGAAGCAUUUCCUCGAGCAAUGAGUUAUUGGUUUCAAGGAGAGGAAAUGAUACUUUCCAAUGAGAAAUACACGACCAGUAUAAUGGAAAAUAGCUACAGGGCUCAUAUGAAAUUACAUAUAAAGAAUCUUCAAGCUGGCGAUUUUGGAAAUUAUCGAUGCAUCAGUAAAAAUUCCUUAGGAGAGACCGAAGGUUCUAUCAGGCUUUAUGAAAUUCCUAAACCAUCGGCGCCACCCAAAGCAACGGAGAUCAAGAGCAGCGCCAACAAAGAAGGACGAGCGAGCACACCCCCACCAGCAAAAAGGCCAACCACCGUGUGGCCAUCCUCGUACAACCCGUACUAUCCGAAAAGGACGGAAAGACCAUCGCCACCGAGCGAAGAGAGGGUCGACAGGCCUGAACAGAAACUACGUGGUGGUUACAGUACAGGAAGUGCAUACAUCAUCAGAUGGAGUGCACCGCAGUUGAUGAUUGUUGCGGUGCAAUACAUACUCACUGGACCGUAUAUGCCACCGUACGUACCGCAAACGGCGAAUUAAGAACUAAUAAUAUACAUCUUCGAUUGGUAGAAGAGAAAUGAAAUGGGAAUGAAAAUGAGGACGAAGACGAGUAAGAGGAGGAGGAGGAGAAGGAAUAGGGAAAGGAGGAAGGAGUAGGAGGAAGGAAAGCACCGAUUUCCGAAUCCGAAUUAAUUCGCUACACAAACGGGAUUCGACAGUGUUCAAAUCGAUCGGCAAUUCAAUUUCGAAUCGGUGAACUUUAAACAUUAAGUCGAUUAAACAUCGAAUUACCUGUAAUUCGCGAAUUGACCCACGAGUUUGAUUACAACCACCCAGGAACAGUGGUGGCCGAAUUACCGCAAAACGAUAAUUAUGUAUGAAAGCGCGUCCGUACUUCCUGAUUACAUUGGCUUGUUAUACGUCGAGAGUAUAGUAUGUAUAGUAUAUUACGCAUUCGUAUAAAUUACAAGGUAAAUUAGAACGAAAUUAGUAGCUCGCGUUCCUCGCUAUCUCACAAUUGCUAGAUUAUCAAACGAAUGAAUAUAAGUACGAACGAUAUCGAACAGUUUCUCCCAUUGAAAUCCGAAAAACACAUCAAUGAUUAAUAUAUUUAUUUCAUUAGAUAUAAUACCUAUCAUCAUCGCAGGAAUAAUAUCAUUUUUGCAUAUUCAUUAAUCGUCGUCUAUCUUCGGAAUUGAAUAAUCAUCACGAAAUUUGUCGAUACGCGAUAGGAAAUAAAUAAAAUGUUGUCCCUACGACAAGAAAUUCUGUUUCAUCUUUCUCGAAAGGAUCGAUACGUGAGGACGAAUUCGAGAGGUUAAUUUGAAAUUUCGCUUGUUAUACAUAUAAUGUCGCCCCGGAGAUAUAUUAGUGGAAUAUUAAUCGGCAUCAUUAGUUGCACGACAAAUUGCUCUAUCGUCGGACCAACGAAAUGGGACAAGAACCCAACGAAUGGAUUUACGGCGAAGCUCUACUAUGGAAAUGUAUGUAUGUACUUAUACAUACGUACAUAUAUAUAUAUAUAUAUAUAUAUAUAUAUAUAUAUAUAUCUACAUAUAUAGUGUUCGAAAUAAACUCGGUGACGUCGAAAAGCGUGUCACCGAUCGAUUCGAAGCGAUUUUGCAACGAUUUAAUGGCACCCUCAUGCGCACAUGACAUUUAUUAAACCACAUUUUGGGAUUGCAGACGUCCGUAGAACAUAAGCAAGUUCUUGAACUCGCUUUGAUGUGGAAACAGUACGUGUACGGUAUAGUUCAAUUAACUUUUCCAAUUUAGUUAAUAAUCACAAAACGUUAGAUCUUCUAUUAAUAAUCAAUCGGAAGGAUUAAUAAUUUCGGUGGUAAGAUUUAAAAGAAACAAAACGAAUCUAAUUUUGUUCGCGCGUAUUGUAAAUUCAAUGAAAUAUUAAACUCCCCGGAAAAUUCUUGCAGAUUUAAAAAAAGAAAAGAAAAAAUUCA